AUGGAACUUUCGGUGAGAUUUUUCGCGUUGUACCGCGAGCGGGCAGGCUGCAGUGUAACCGGUGUCUCAGUGGAGCCGGGUGCGACCGUCGCGGACUUGUUGAACACUGUUCGGGAACAAUUUCCGAGGUUAGCGCCUCCUGACGUUCAGAUAGUAGUGGCAGUCAACGAAGAGUACGCCGAACCGGACACCCCUCUGAGCGCUGGAGAUGAAAUCUGUUUGAUUCCCCCGGUCAGCGGGGGCUAA